ACAGCGGCUCCGAGGGGAAGCGGCGGCGGGGCCGUGCGGGGCGCGCUGGGGGCGCCGACAGGCCCGCAGAGGUGGCGGCGGCGGCAGCAGCGCCGGGCGGGCCCCAGCCAUGGCCGACGACCUGAAGCGGUUCCUGUACAAGAAGCUGCCGAGUGUUGAAGGUCUUCAUGCUAUUGUGGUCUCAGACAGAGAUGGUGUGCCUGUUAUCAAAGUUGCCAAUGAUAAUGCUCCAGAACAUGCACUGCGACCUGGCUUUCUGUCCACCUUUGCCCUUGCCACAGAUCAGGGCAGUAAAUUAGGACUUUCUAAAAACAAAAGUAUCAUCUGCUACUACAAUACAUACCAGGUGGUGCAGUUCAAUCGCUUGCCUUUGGUAGUGAGUUUCAUUGCUAGCAGCAAUGCCAAUACCGGGCUGAUUGUAAGUUUAGAGAAGGAGCUCACGCCCCUCUUUGAAGAACUGAGGCAGGUUGUUGAAGUUUCUUAACCUGAUGGUAUAGCCAGAGUGCAGCAUUCCUCUGCAGCCCAGUGGACAGAAGGAUUCAAUAAUUUUCAGUCAAAUAACACGUCUCAGAAGAAAUAUCACAGCUCCUUAGUAUACUAAGUAAGAGUAAAUUGUACAUAGUACUGAAUCUGAAAUGAUCUACUAGUGUGUUGUAGGUGGAUGUUACUUUAGGCCGUGCUUCUUGUAUUGUGCAGUACUGGAGAGACCACCAAAAUAGCUCCCAUGGAGUUUAGCUGAGCCAGAUCGGCGCAAAGCUGUUGGCUCAGACGAGCAACCCACAGAUCCUUUGCUUUACAGGGAACCAGGCACACAGCAGGGUGUAUCCUCAGGCCGGCCACCGCUACACGUUGGAGAGCAGAUCAAGGAUGUGGUUGAAAGCAUAUUGGGAGAGCAGGUUUAUUAGCAGUGACAUGUCGGUACAAUCAAUAAAUAUCCCGGCUUUCUUACACGGGUGAUGCUUUGGCAAGGGUGUGCUACUAAUCUGGAUGCUAGCUGCAUCCUGCUUCCACUAAGAAAGCUGUUUCUAUGGAAGCUGUCGCUCUGGGGGGUUUCCUGAUGCCCAGCUGAGAGCACCCAAACCAUGUCUCACUUCUUCCUAGGUUUUUUUGUGUAAUAUGGUUGUGAAGAUCUCAUGUCUCAGUCUUUGUGUGGCUUCAUCACUGGUGACACUCUCAGCUCAUUUACCCUUAGGUUUUCAUAAGUAAAUAAAUAUAAAUAAAAUACAGUAUUUUUAAAUGACA